GCCACCAGCUGAGUUUCUUAUUUGGGACUCGGUGGAGCUGGGCACUGGGGUGUUGGUGGCAGCGCUCAGGGGCCCCUCGCUGCCCCCAUUAUGGGGUCUGCUCUCAUGAGCCUCUUCCUUGGCUGCUGGCUGGCCGGGCAGCAUGGGGUGUCCGGACAGCUACCUGUGCCCGGACCCUCCAUCUCCGUCAGCCCCAGCGGAGUGAUCGCCCUGGGGGGAGCCGUCACCGUCCGCUGUCAGUGUCGGUGCGGGGCCAGGAGGUUAUUUCUGUAUAAAGGUGGAAUCGAAAUCCAGGAGCUGGACGCUGCUGGGGACGGGGGUGAAUUCACCAUCCCCAGUGCCAGACAGGAAGACGGAGGGGUCUACAUGUGCCGAUCUCGCUCCAGAUCAGAGUCGCCCAACUGGUCGUAUUCCAGUGACAUUGUGCGGAUCGUUGUAGUAGAGCUCAGCUACCCCAAACCCUCCAUCUCCCUGCGCCCCAGCGGCAGGGUCGCCCGGGGGGGAGCUGUGAUUGUCCAGUGUCGGGGUCUGUACCAGAACAUGAGGUUCCUUCUGUACAAAGAUGGAAACCCGAACGUGCUGCAGGACGUGGAGCCGGCUGGGGACCUGGCUGAGUUUCCCAUUCGCAAUGUGAGCGGGAGAGACGCCGGGAGCUACAGCUGCUAUUAUCACGACAAAUGGUACCUGUUCAUCUGGUCGCAUCCCAGUGAUUCCGUAGAGCUGGUGGUAGCAGAGCCCAAACCCAACAUCUCCCUGCACCCCAGUGGGCGGGUUGCCCUGAGGGGAGCCAUGACCAUCCGGUGUGAGUGUCGGUGUCGGGGAGCGAGGGUCCUUCUGAGUAAAGCUGGAGACCCGGACGCACGGCGCGCGAUGGAUUCCGCUGGGGACGUGGUUGAGUUUCUCAUCCGCAGAGUGAGCCAGGGAGAUGCAGGGAGCUACAGCUGCCAAUACAGCACCAAGUGGGACCCGCCCGUCUGGUCGGAGCCCAGCGACCCCAUGGAGCUGGUGGUAGCAGGGGGAACCGACCCGACUCAGCCAGGAACGGCACCAGCUCCCACCGGUCCAAGUAGCACGGGGCCAGGUACCAGGGCUGGGGGCACGAAAUCACCAUCAACCCCCCCAGAAACAGGUGGAUCGGAACCACGCGCAGCACCGGUUCUGACCUGCACCAUCCUCACCGGGGUGAGCGUGGCAGCUGACGGCUUCCUCCUCCUCCUCCUCCUGGCCUUCCUCUGCUACAGAAAAUCCCGAGGAAAUGCCCUCAUGGGCAAACGGAAGCAGAUGGAUGGCCUGCCCCUGGAGCCCGAUCCCAGCGCCGAGGGACUCACCUACACUGAGCUGGAUGGCCAGGCACUGCAGGGCAAGUGGGGCGGCCCGGUCCCUGGCCCCGAGCCCGUCCUGUACGCCACGAUCAACGUGAACCAGGGGCCCAACGGGCAGAGCCCCCAGGGUGCAGGGGCGCCCCCCCAUAGUGUGAACCCAGGGGGAGUUAUUGCAGUGACGGGGCAGGGAGUGUCGGCCACCAGGGGGUGACAGAGUCAUCCCCCCCCCAGAGAACGGGCUCAACUUAUAGCCCCCCAUAGCCCUCCCUCCAGCUGGUGCUGCCCCACCCAGUCCCACGGUUGGGGGGCCAGGAGGGCUCAGCACCGGGAGGGGGAGGGGACAUGUUGAGGCAGCUGUUUGUGUUAUUUUGCAUCCUGUUCAUCUCCAG